AUGGCCCAAUCUACAAAACAAAAAGUCGUCAUUGUCGGAGCUGGCCCAGUGGGUUCCUUGGCAGCUCUGUAUGCAGCCGCCCGCGGUGAUGAGGUGGAGGUGUACGAGUUGCGUGGAGAUCUCCGGGACCCGUCAACGAUCCCUCUAAAUUUCACCAAGUCCAUCAACCUUGCACUGUCCGAGCGCGGCAUCAACGCCAUGAGACAUUCAAACCGGGAAGAAAUGAUCCACAAAGUCCUCGAAGAAGCAAUUCCUAUGCACGGACGUAUGAUCCACGGCAGGGAUGACGGUAAACUAUGGGAGGCUGCUCAGGCUUAUGAUGUCCACGGCCGGUACAUCAAUGCAGCGGACCGCAGCACCCUGAAUAAUGCUCUCUUGGACGAGCUGGAGCGAACACCAAAUGUCAACCUUUUCUUCAACCACAAGUUAACUGGCGCUGACUUCCGCGCAAACAAAGCAUGGUUCGAACGCCGCAUACCUGGGGAGUCGACCUCCGAUCGCGUGGAGAUUCAAGUCAACUUUGACUAUUUGAUCGGGGCGGACGGCGCGCAUUCCGCAUCCAGGUACCAUAUGAUGAAGUAUGCUCGCGUGGACUACCAGCAGGAAUACAUCGAUACCCUGUGGUGCGAAUUCCGCAUCCCCCCUACGGAUGACGGAGACUUCCGCAUCUCACCUAACCACCUGCACAUCUGGCCUGGGAAGGAGUUCAUGUUCAUUGCGCUGCCGUCCGCGGAUAAGUCCUUCACGUGCACUCUUUUCGCUCCUGCCGGUCACUACGCCCGUCUCAAGAGCUCUCCUCAGAACCUGCUCGAGUCUUUUGACACCCACUUUCCCGGCGUCUGCCCAGAGUUGAUAACUCCAAAAGAUCUCCAGGAGCAGUUUGAAACCAACCCGCACCUGCCACUGAUCAGUAUCAAAUGCAAGCCACACCACUUUGACUCUAGUGUCGUCAUUGUCGGCGACGCCGCUCAUGCUGUGCUCCCAUUCUAUGGUCAGGGACUCAAUGCUGGACUUGAGGAUAUUCGCGUCCUUUUCGAGAUCAUGGACAAACACGGUGUUUACAAUCCGGACAUCAGUCCCGAAAUGCGUACGCUAUCCCGCCAGGCAGCCUUUCAAGCCUACACCGAUCAACGCAUUGCGGAUGCCCAUGCUAUCAAUGAUCUAUCCAAACAAAAUUAUCUCGAAAUGCGGUGGGGUGUAAAGCUGCCCUUGUACAAGCUGCGAAAGUCGAUUGAAGAGACCCUCGAUCGGUACGUACCUAGCUUGGGCUGGCAGACACAAUAUGCUCGCGUCAGCUUCAGCAACCAGCGCUACUCGGAGGUCAUCAAAGCCGUCCGUAGACAGGGUCGGCUCCUCGGGUUCGGAUUUAUCUCCGCCAUUGUUUCUGGUGUAGCGGUCGUCGGGAUUCUCGCUUGGAAGAGACCUCGUGAGGCUUCCGUGUUGUCCGUUUUGAAAUCAUCCGCGCGGCAGCUGGGUGAUGUAUGGAGAAGCAAGUUCCGGUGA